CCGAUGCAGGAAUGAAGGCGACUUGGACCGCAGCCAAGACCUGGUUUGCUAACCAUAAGCCAACGUACAAAACCUUGCAAACAAGUCACCCUGAUGAGUAUCACAUCGCUUUGAUAACCUUCACCAUGGACGGAUUUUACGAUACAUUUAACCAAGCCUGCCGAUCAAUUAAGAAUGAGAAAGAGGCGGCUGUUUUUAGGUAUCGGCAUUACUAUAAACUUCUCCUGUACUGCAUCGUGCACGUGAGAGGGAAUCCUCCACAGGUGUCGAAAGAUCUCGUCGUGUACCGGGGAUGCUCAGCCAGCUUCCCUACCGUGAAGGUAGGGUCGACAUUCACCUUCAGACAGUUCACCUCCACCUCCACAAACAAGGAAGUCGCGACAGGUUUUUCGAGCGGAGGAACGUUGUUUGUAAUUCAUGACAUUAUGAAGGCUGGAUUAGUCACGGGGAAAGCUAUGGGCAUUAAUUCUGCCCCUAAUAUUAUUGGAUGCAAUCACCACAGCCUUUUUGAUGAGGAUGAGUUUCUAAUGUGGUCGUUGGAAGAAUUCGAGGUCAUCCAUAUCGUGAAGACUGGAGAAAAUACUGAAAUUCAUUUAAGAGCUUAGAUAAAUUUUGUGGGAUUUUAAUUUUGUUAUCGAUUGGGAAACAGGAUGUGUAGGAAUUAUUGUCUGGCAACGCACAAAAUAAUUAUUUACAUGUGUGUAUGUGUCAAUCGAAAUUGAAAAAUAAAUGAGUGACAGAAAUAAAUCUAGUUAUUAU